AUGAUUUUCAGAAUGUUUAACUUUAUGAAUUCGCGGAUAGAUGAAUUCAUUGAGGAGAGAAAAGACAUCAAAUUAAUAUUGGAUGAGUCUUCGCUAUUGUAGGAUCUCUUGAUGCCCUAAUAACAAUACAAAUUGCUUAAUUACGUCAAGGACCAUCCCGAGCAUUUGGAGACUCUCAUCGAGUACAUCACAGAAGUCGGAGAUGAGACUAACUACCAGAGAGUAUAAUAUAAAUAUCCCUUUUUAGCGAGCGAGAUCUUGAGCAAGGAGAAUGAUUUCUUUCAAGAUUUCCUUUUUGAGGGUCAAAAUCUCCAUUUUUUGAAUAGACUGUUUUCCCUUCUGAACGAGGAUAUCCUCAACAUUACAUAAGCAGGUUACUUCUCUAAAGUUAUCCUCACUUUGUUGAGGAGGAAGCAUUUCAAGGUGUUGCAAUACUUAAAUGACAAGGACAUCUCUAAUCUUCUUAAACAUAUUGACAUUCCCCAUAUUGCUGAAAUAAUUGAAAAGGUCAUCAUUCCAGACCCUAAUGAUGAGAAUUAAUUGCUUGAUAAACAGAAAUCCAUCUUACAGAGAGUAAUGAAGAUCUCAUUGCAUCGCUACUAUGAAACUGAAGUUUUUGACAAUUGCUUGCUCAUCAUCAAUAAUUUAAUAAAGAGUCAAAUCAAUCCGGAUUAGGAGGAGUUGAUCAAAAUUUUAUUGAACCCUUAUUACUUUCUCACCAUUUGUUACUAAAGUCAGAGAACUGCAGCCUAUGAAUUAGUAUCGAAUCUACUGUAAUAUAUUAAUAAUUCAGGCAAGACAGAUUACUUUCUCUACUUUAUCAAUGUAGCUAAGCAUCUCCCCAAUGCAUUCACCACUUCCAAUUUAUAUGCCAUACCUCAUCAGACUUCUUAUGGGUAGAUCAUCACUCCUUUGUCCUCAAACAAACUCACAUUACUCCAAAUAUUUUACUUACUAUUACUCAGUGAGAAAGAAGAGAUUUUGUUUGAACUGAUCAACAAUCAAUCCUUCUAAGUUGUUACCAAUGUCAUAUUGACUCAUGAAUUCAACAAUCAAGCCCUCAUUUGGUUUGAUAAGAUAGUCAUCUUUAUAUUCCAGAAAUUGCCUAAAUUUUUUCACGAAUCCAUCUCAGAGUUCUUGGCCUCAAUCAUUAUUCAAUACAAUAGGAACGAGAAAAAACAAGUUGGAUUAUUGCAAAACACCAUCAAACCAGGAUACCAAGGCAUCCUAACCAAAAUAUCCAACUUAUUGGUGGAGAAUCAUUUCACCAGCGAAGUUUGGGAUCAAUAUGUGAAUGACACUCUCAGCAAAAUUAAUUCAGUAGAGAAAAAAUUGUUAUGUGGCGUUGAUCCUAGACCAAGACAAAUUCAGUAAUACAUACAUGAAUCAGUCACAAUUGAAGCGCCAAUGGACAAUGACGACAAAGAAGAAGAUGAAGAAGUAGAGGAAGAAGACAUACCUGAGGAUGAUAAUAAUAAGGAAAAUGAAAAUGAUGAUUACGAAAAAGAAUAAGAGUAAGAAUAAGAGUAGGAAUAAGAAUAAGAGUAAGAAUAAGAAAAAGAAAAAGAGCAGGAAUAAGAACAUGAAUAAGAACAAGAACAAGAAGAGAAAUUCUAUGAUUGCAACGAGGAAGGUCGAUUACAAUAAUUACAAGAAUUACAGCAAAUCCAAUAAGAAGAAUCUAAAGUAGUAUCCAAACAUAAAUAAAGUUCUGAGGAGUAAGAAUUAAUCGAUGAAUAAAUUGAAGAAAUGAUUUCUGAUCCCCAAACCAAACCAGAGUAAGUUGCAUAAAUUAUUUAAAAUGAAGAAGCGCUUAUUGAUGACAUUGGACCUUUAGAACUAGAAAACAAACUAGAUCAUCAAGUCAAUGAAUAUUACAAAAAGCAUGAUGAUCCUAAAAAUGAAGAAUGAUAUAGAUAUAUAUUUAAGCAUUUUCGCUUAAAAUAAAUAUUAUA